UAAAAAAAAAAUCCAGGGUAGAUUCUGGUGCCUACCCACCCGCGAAAGUCCGCCAUUAACGAACACGUUUACUUCGUUUUUCCGCUCGUGCAGCCAUCUCAGUCCGACGUCACGCGCGACAACAACACGAAGGAGGAGAAGGAGAAGAAGGAGAAGAAGAACCCACGUCACUUCACCACCCCCACGCUACCAGGAAGGCUGGAACCAUCCACCGCAAUUCUCUCUCUCUCUCGCGCGCGCGCCGACCCAAUGGCCGUCUUGAAGCGGCUCAUGCUGGCGAGGGCCUCGGCGGUCGUCGCGCGAGGCCUCUGCUCCGGGCGCGAGCUCGGAUCGGGCUCCGGCUGCGGCCCGAAGCAGCUCCCGCUGCAGCGGAGCCCCGAGGGGAGGAACCGCCAGUGGGUCUUCCUCGGCUGCCCCGGCGUCGGCAAGGGGACCUACUCCUCCCGGCUGUCGGGCCUCGUCGGCGUCCCGCACAUCUCCACCGGCGACCUCGUCCGGGACGAGCUCGCCGCCUCCGGCCCGCUCGCUUCGCAGCUUGCAGAGAUCGUUAACCAUGGGAAAUUGGUGCCGGAUGAAAUCAUUAUAGAUUUACUGUCGAAACGUCUUGAAGCCGGAGAAGCGAAGGGUGAGACUGGAUUCAUACUCGAUGGCUUCCCUCGGACCGUAAGACAGGCGGAGAUAUUGGAAGGAGUAACUGAUAUCGACUUAGUGGUCAAUUUAAAGCUUCGUGAAGAAGCUCUACUGGCAAAAUGCCUUGGAAGGAGGAUCUGCAGUCAAUGUGGAGGAAAUUACAACAUCGCCAGCAUUGACAUCAAGGGUGAGAAUGGGCAACCUGGGAUGUACAUGUCUCCACUCCUUCCCCCUCCACAUUGUGCAUCGAAGCUGAUCACUCGUUCUGAUGACACUGAAGAAGUUGUAAAAGAACGGCUUCGCAUAUACAAUGAGCUGACAAAACCUGUGGAAGACUUUUAUAGACAGCGGGGCAAGUUGUUAGAGUUUGAUCUACCAGGAGGGAUCCCAGAGUCAUGGCCAAAGCUGCUUCAAGCUUUGAACCUUGGAGACAAUGCUAAUAAAAAAUCUGCAGCAGCAUAAUUUCUGACGUAUUGUAUCUAGAAGAUGGGAGUUGGUUCAUUCUUUGUAUGCCAAAGGUGUCAUUGCUAUUUAUUUCAAAUGGUGUAGCGGGAUGUAUAGAAAAUAAGCACGAGUCUGCCGGAGCAAUUUAACGUAACCAGUUGCAGGUGAACGUCUCUAGAAUCAUCAUGGCAUUUGGAUGCUAAAGGAUUAACUGUAUAAGUUAUAUAAUUGAUUGAUGAUUCAUUCUCACUUGAAGCAUAUUCCAGUUGAGAUUGGCAGGAAA